CCGCUGGAGAUGGAGAGAAAGAUGCACUGCCCCAUUGCAACUUGCAGGUUUACACAUACACCUGUGACGUGGGCAAAAGAGAAAAUGUCUACUCGACAGCCGAGAGGGUCCGUAAGGAGGUUGGCGAGGUGUCUGUCCUGGUUAACAACGCUGGUGUGGUCUCUGGGCACCAUCUUCUGGAGUGUCCUGAUGAGCUUAUUGAGAGGACUAUGAUGGUCAACUGUCAUGCACACUUCUGGACCACUAAAGCGUUCCUUCCCAAGAUGCUGGAAAUGAACCACGGGCACAUUGUGACAGUUGCGAGUUCCUUGGGAUUAUUCAGUACUGCUGGAGUGGAGGAUUAUUGUGCCAGCAAAUUUGGAGCUGUAGGUUUCCAUGAGUCUUUGAGCCAUGAACUGAAGGCUGCUGAAAAGGAUGGAAUCAAAACUACUUUAGUCUGUCCCUAUCUUGUAGAUACAGGAAUGUUUAGAGGGUGCAGGAUCAGAAAAGAAAUUGAGCCUUUUCUUCCACCCUUGAAACCAGAAUACUGUGUGAAGCAGGCUAUGAGAGCUAUCCUUACAGACCAGCCAAUGAUCUGCACACCUCGCCUCAUGUAUAUGGUUACCUUCAUGAAAAGUAUUCUGCCAUUUGAAGCAGUUGUAUGCAUGUACAGAUUUUUGGGAGCAGACAAGUGUAUGUAUCCUUUCAUCGCUCAACGGAAACAGGCUACAAACAACAAUGAAGCAAAAAAUGGAAUUUAACAGUUUUGGAUGGACUGACAUUUAUAGGUGAAUACAAUAAUGCUACAUGACUGAAUUGCAAAGUGCACUUGCAUCUAACAGAUGCAAAUGUCAGCAUCUUACUGUGGCAUUCUAUUGGGUCCUAAACCUGUGUAUUGAACUCUAAAAAUUAAUGGGUUUUUAUAUACUGUAGAUAAAACUGGCUAGAGUACUUGGGAAAUGUGAUAGGUAAGUUGGAUGAAUUUACAAUGUGGCUGCCACCAUUGUCCUUUAGAAUAUCACUGUAUGUACAGUAACGUAGUCAUACUACUUGUUGUAGGGAUGCACUGUGUGAUAUCUCUUCCUUAGCCUGCCAAGGCUUCUAAGAGCUGUCUCCAACUAGAAGAUGCAAUGUUUCAGAAAUGAUUUGU